CGUUGUUUACAUUAGCGGCUGACGGAGCAGCAGUGAGCUGAUGAGGGGGGCCUUCUGGCUGAAAACACGUCUCCACUGACUCCACGGCACAGCCAGUCUCUGUGGGGGGAAGAAAAAACUUUUUGUAGGACAGACAAAGUGCCACACAAGAACAGAGGCCCGCCGAGUUCACUGGUUUGUUGCGACCUUGGACAGAAACGGGGAAAGUCACAACAAAGACGAGCGCCAUAAUAACCAUCGGAGGAAACUUAACGUGAAGGAGGAAUAGCUUAGCAACAGAGUCCCACUUCCUGAGGUGUACAGGAUCAAGCUCCUAACACCAUGGAUAUGGAUAUGCACCCACAAGGACAGCAAGCAGGCGUACCAGUAUUUCAACCUCAGAAACCGCUGCAGCCAGAUAUGGGCCAUAACUCAUUGGCCAACUUCCAGAUUGAGAAGAAGAUCGGACGCGGUCAGUUCAGCGAGGUGUACCGAGCGAGGUACCUGUUGGACAACACGUCGGUGGCCUUAAAGAAAAUCCAGAUAUUCGAGUUGAUGGAUGCCAAAGCUCGGCAAGAUUGCAUCAAAGAGAUAGAUCUCCUUAAGCAAUUGAAUCAUCCCAAUGUGAUAAAGUAUCACGCAUCUUUUAUUGAGGACAAUGAGCUGAACAUAGUUCUGGAGCUAGCUGAUGCCGGGGAUCUCUCUCGUAUGAUCAAGCACUUUAAGAAGCAGAGGAGGCUCAUCCCAGAGAGAACGGUGUGGAAGUACUUCGUCCAGCUCUGCAGUGCGCUUGAACACAUGCACUCCCGAAGAGUCAUGCACAGAGAUAUCAAGCCAGCCAAUGUGUUCAUCACAGCUACUGGUGUGGUUAAACUGGGAGACUUGGGACUGGGACGAUUCUUCAGCUCCAAAACAACUGCUGCUCACUCUCUUGUGGGUACCCCUUACUACAUGUCACCAGAGAGGAUACAUGAAAACGGCUACAACUUCAAAUCUGACAUCUGGUCGCUAGGAUGCCUCCUCUACGAGAUGGCAGCCUUACAGAGUCCUUUCUAUGGGGAUAAGAUGAACCUCUACUCGCUUUGCAAGAAGAUAGAACAGUGUGACUACCCCCCUCUUCCUGCAGAUCACUACUCGGAAGAGCUGAGGAACCUGGUAGAUAUGUGCAUCAACCCCGACCCGGAGAAGAGGCCGGACAUCGCUUACGUGUACGGCAUCGCCAAACACAUGCAGAGCGUCACACAGGGCUGCUAAGCCCGGAGUCGCACACUACACCCUGCAGAACUCCUCCACUCAUCCACUCCUGCCUUUUAUGUUGGACUCCUAACACAACUUUUGCCCUUUACAACAAAAAAAACUUUCCUCCAGAGUUUAGCUCCUGGUGAUACCUGGUACAUGAAGCAGAUUGUUUUUUACCGCCAGGGUAAAGUUUAUGAAACAGACCAGAGUCAGUGAUCUAGAUGUUCUUCUCUCAGUAGGUAGAUUUUCAAUUUUCGGAUUUGAAUUUCAACUUUUCUUUUGUUAAGGUUGAAAAAUGGUCUCAGCUUGUGUUUGCUGGCAUCCAUCCUGCAGCUGUGACUAUCAUUUACCUCAGUCAGUGACAUUAGUUGGUAGAAAUAGUGACUUUUCAGACCCUUUCAACAACUUCUCAUGUGUUUUCAGUGGUUUGCAACGUUCUGAACAGUAUUGCAUCGCGAAACAAAAAUAUUCUUCUAUGCAGGUUGUACAUAUCAGUGCCCCCAGAUUAUAAUUUGUGCCAUGCACACGUUCCCAAACUCCUUUCCACUUGUCACAUUAUAACCACAAACUUUAGAGUAUUUUACUGUAACUUUAUGUGAUAAGGAAACAGAUGCACGGUUAAUUUAUCAAUUAUGUCUUUAUGUUGGUCGGUUGCAUAAAAUCCCAAUAAGAUGCACUAAAGCAGGGGUGUCCAAGGUGGUACAGAGUUAUUUUGUGCGACAGUCGUAAUACAAAAAUGGCACAAAUUAGUAAACUCGGAUGUUGUUAUUGUUGGUGCUCAACAUAUAUCCAAAGAUAUUAGAAAUAAACAUUUGUUUAUUAGUACUGAUAAAAAGGAAACAUUUAGCAAAAAAAGACCCUGAAGUAAAACAACAGACACAUUUUGUGGCCCUCAAUUACAUUUAAACUGACCGUUUCGACCCACAUAGUGAAAAGUUUGGACACCUCUGCACUAAAAUUCGUAUUUAUAAUACGCUAGAAUGUACAAAGUUCAAAGUUUAUGAAUACUUUUUAAAGGCCCAAUAAAUAUUAUAAUAAGCCCAGAAAGAUGAGAGUUAGUUCAAGCCUAACUGAAGGUCAUUAUGUUCUCUGUAAGAACAAGUAACAAGUAAAAGGUUCUGCUCAGUUGUCAAAAACACCCAUCUGUUUUGCAUCUUUCCUUGCAAAAUGGUGGGAGUCUGCUGCCUAGCUCCAGAGGUCACAUCCUGGAAAGGUCGCCAGUCCCAUCGCAGGGCAACACAGACACACACCAGACUAACAACCACGCACACACACUCAUCCCUAGGAACAAUUUAGAGAAACCGAUUGGCAUAAAAGUGAUGUUUCUGGACUGUGGGAGGAUCCCAGAAAACCCUGAGAGAACCCAGACAUGCCUGGGGAGAAAAAUUUGAUUCAUAAAGACAGCAGACUGGGAUUCAAACACGGUGUCUGCUGUCUUCAUACCUUCUUUCUGCAAGGUAGCUGYGCCACCAUGGAGCCACGUGCCCAAAAAAACCCAAAAAGCUGCAAAAACUCCCAAACCAUGUCUCUGUUCUUGCAGAGGCCUGAACACCGAACCCUUUCUACUCACAAAAACAAUAUGGAAAAUAUAUUUAUCUUUUUUUUUUUUUUUUUUUUUUUUGGGGAAAUUUGCUAAGUGGAGAAGGUCGACAAUUAGUUAGAAAAUAAAUACUUGGGAAAAAAAAGCCAUAUUAGCUUUAAAUAUGUAAAGACAUUCAGACAACGCUUUACUGCACGGAGUAAAAAACCGAGAAACUCUUAAAAUUCUGGUGGAGAUUUGUYUUCACUGAGUGACAGCAGCAAAUCUGAAACAAAGCAGAGCAAUUGUUGUUGUGUUGCACUUUUUUACCCUGGCAAAGCAAGGCUGGCAGGGUUAUGUCAAAUGAAUGUAUUAGAAAAGGAAGAAUCAUUUACAGGAUAGACUAGAGACGCGCUUGGGGGAGAACACGGGCAAAUGUCUCCACAACACUUUGAAUGUUAGUCAUUUUGACACCUUUGUGUUGUCUGAAAACUUCACAAUGUCUCUUUUGACAGCCCCCAUAGUCGCUGGAGCUGUAACAAAAGCAGUUUUAUAUCUGCUGUUUACCCUUCCCGUGACACCAUGUUUUCUUCUUAGCUCUGCUCCAGCUGAGGUACAAAGUGUCACGUUGCUCUGGGUCUGUAAAAGUCACAAAGAAAACAUUCAGAACAUGAAAUAAAGCGUCGUCCUUCCUACAGGGUCCAGCAGACACAUCUGACCCUCGGUACAGGUGGUCAAGUUCAAGGCAGCCUCCUUAGUAUUGCAGCGGUUUUCUCUCUUAUGCUACAAAUAAGAGAUAAGAGAUCUCUGUCAAGCCGUCCGUGUUGGGGAGACACCGCAGCGUGCCUACAUUGUGUUCUCAGUCAAAGUAUCAGAGGAAUCGCAAACAUUAUCAUCGAUCUAUGUCAAAGUAUAUUUCAUUGACCAUAUAUGGACCCCUGUUUAAAGGAAAAAGCCUUGAUGGGAUGUUUACUCUUCAUACCAAAGACAAACUGGGUUCUUGGGAUGGAUUACUGGUUAGUAUGUGKUUUUUUUUUUUCCAGUUUCAUGGUUUACACCAGUGUUUCAUAAAAAGCUGGCACUGACUGUAACUGGUUUCAAUAAUGAAACCGUUCUGAAGGUAAAUCUAUAGUGAUUAAUAACACUAUUUUAGUGUGUAAUAAACCCCCUAGUAACACUGUUAAUCCCGUUUCUUUAACAUCUAAUGCAUCAUAUAUGUGUUAUAUACAGAAUCAAAACUUACAUGUGCAGGAAAAGAAAGGUUGGUUAACAAGUAUGUUAAUAAUGUGUUUAUAGUUACAGAAAUAGAGAUUUACAGCAAAUACAGUGUUUGCUAGUUGUGUUUUGCUUUGGAUUUAGACUCUUUUCUAUGACUUUUUAUUAUAAAACCRUUUCUUCCCCUCAGCUACAGUCUUGAUAAUGUUCURUUAACGAAUAUCCAGAUAGCACCAACAUAUUUCAGUAUUCUCUAGUAUUUGUCUGGGACUUGUUGCUUUGAUGUUUGUCUUUGAAAUUUCGGUUUUGGUGGGUUGUUUUGUUUUAAUUUGGCAAAUCGACAUUGAAACUAAAGUACUAAAMCUGACUCUGCAGCGCCUUCAGGAGGCAGGCUUUGAUAUUUCCUGGGUGCAUAAUUAAUUAAGGCCUUUUACUGUAUGUAAAUUCACAUGAGAGUGCAUUUACUUUGAAAUAUGAAGCAUAUUAUAUAUAGGAAAUUGAGCUCUAUCUGUGCAGAUUUUACCUACAAAGGUGGAGUUUUCUUUUGUCUUUCCAAAGAAGAUGAAAUUCUGAGUUGUUUUAAGGAUUUUGGUAUUUUUAUUUGUAACUGUUGCCUGACUGUGCCUUUUUAGCUUUCGUCCGUUUUCUUCUGCAUGCCCACUGAAGUUGUUUUUGAAGAGUCUAGAAAGUAAAAAUAAAAACAUUGGCGAUAUUUAUUGUCUUGGUAGCUUUAGUUGCUUUGUCAGCAUUUCAUGACACAUGAUGAAAUUCACAUAUCACAAAUGCAAUGUAUGCAAAUUAAAAAUGAAUAAAGCUUUAACAUUUUUGUGGACAUUGAGCUGAGAUUUGUUUUCUUUGUUGUUGUGAUAAUCUGUAAUGUGGCUGAAUAAAGCAAUAAAACGAUGUUUAAGGACAGAAAAGGU